CGCGCUUGGGAGAUUGAACCGGCGACCUCUGGAAUGCAAGCCCAGUGUGCUGACCAUGAUUACACACCACUGUGGCUUGAUGAUGAUGAUAAGAAUCGUCAUUGACCAGCAUCAUCUUCUUCAAAGUCGUCAUUGACCACUAUCAUCGGUGCAACUAACAUCAUUAUCGCCAUCAUAAUCAUCGUCGUAACAAUUAUUGUCAUUAUCAUACACGUCGGUCUCAUCAUCGACGUGCAGAGCACUGAGGGUGUCUGGGUGAGAUGCUAUCCACCACGAUCACACCAAUAAACAGGGCAUCCGCAGAGGUAUUGUCCGUUAUUAAUAGUUGCCUAUAAUUAGGGCGAACCUUGAGUUGUACGGUCGAACACUUGGGAUAAGGUGAAGUGCAUGCCAGAAACCGGAACGCCCUUGUGCUCUAUUGAGUUGUCUUGAAGUUAUCUUCGACGUGACGGAAGCAUUGAAAACGAACAGCACCUGCGAUCCUGGCAGACACCUGGAGCUCUCGCAUCGGUUACGUGUCCCCAACACCAGGGCAGACGCCUCGCAGACAAAGGGAUGACGCUCGUACAUAUUUGUCUGCCGCACAUUUCCACGCGAUAAGCCACUUCGUAGAGCCUUCAUUUGUGGCCAGGCAGCUUCUGAACAGAGCUACAUUUUUUUUAUAUUGCCUUACCUGGCAAAAUAACAAAGAUUUGUUCUAAAUUAUAGGAGUGUUCAUCGAAUGACAUCAUCGCCAUCAUCAUCUGCGCUAUGUAAAUCGAUAUAAGAUAAGAUGAUCGAAUUCAAGGACAUUCAUUCGAUGCAUGUAGCGCGAGUGUAAGAAUUGACUUUAAUCGAUUAAUCGAUGCAUAGUUGCUUCUGAAAAAGAGCUUUAUAUCUCAGUGGGCCUUAUCUGCUUGUUUGGGUUAGGUUGUGUAAAUAUAAGGUUAGCCAUUUACGUUUGUCGAGUAAACAAAACGUGCCAUCAGGUUACUACUUCAGCACACCCGUGUGUUGGAGAGUAAACGCACAACAUUUGCAAUUCGUGUACGACGUUUCGAUGGUGAUUACAACCAGCCUCAUCAGCCGAUUAGCCAGAAUUGUGAAGCGGUCCUCCUAUUUCCGUCGCGACAGCUCAAUGUCAUGCUGCUAGGCGUUUGGCUCGCCCAGUCUGAUACAUCCGACUCAAACUGUCACCCCCUAACUAUUGAUCGGUCGAGAAUUGGGCGACGCGCCGGUGUCCGCCGUAGACGUUUCACUGCCUGCCCGAGGCUCGACCUGGCGAAGCUUCACGGCCACAAAGAAGCAGAACCCCCACCCCCACCCCACCCCGCCACCCCGCAAGGCGCGCCGCGACUCCGCACCUGAUCCGUGGUGGUCGAAGCUCGCCCCGCCUUCCCGGCGUUGAGCAUUGUCGUCUGGCCGCCGUUAAGGUCAGAAGCGGCAGAUGCGGCGAACGACAAUCGCGCGGUAGCCCACCCACUCCCCCACACACACAGGGCCGGAUUAAGAUUUCGUAGGCACCCUGGGCUACAAGAUUUUGUAGGCCACCUGGGCUACAAGAUUUUGUAGGUCCCCCGGGCUACAAGAUUUUGUAAGUCCCCUCGGCUACAAGAUUUUGUAGGCCACCUGGGCUACAAGAUUUUGUAGGUCCCCUGCGCUGCAAGAUUUUGUAGGCCACCUGGGCUACAGGAUUUUGUAAGUCCCCUCGGCUACAAGAUUUUGUAGGUCCCCUGGGCUACAAGAUUUUGUAGGCACCCUGGGCUACAAGAUUUUGUAGGCACCCUGGGCUACAAGAUUUUGUAGGCCACCUGGGCUACAGGAUUUUGUAAGUCCCCUCGGCUACAAGAUUUUGUAAGUCCCCUCGGCUACAAGAUUUUGUAGGCCACCUGGGCUACAAGAUUUUGUAGGUCCCCUGCGCUGCAAGAUUUUGUAGGCCACCUGGGCUACAGGAUUUUGUAAGUCCCCUCGGCUACAAGAUUUUGUAGGUCCCCUGGGCUACAAGAUUUUGUAGGCACCCUGGGCUACAAGAUUUUGUAGGCACCCUGGGCUACAAGAUUUUGUAGGCCACCUGGGAUACAAGAUUUUGUAAGUCCCCUGGGCUACAGGAUUCUGUAGGUCCCCUGGGCUACAAGAUUUUGUAGGUCCCCUGGGCUACAAGAUUUUGUAGGCCACCUGGGCUACAAUAUUUUGUAAGUCCCCUGGGCUACAGGAUUUUGUAGGCCACCUGGGCUACAGGAUUUUGUAGGUCUCCUGGGCUACAAUAUUUUGUAGGUCCCCUGAGCUACAUGAUUUUGUAGGUCCCCUGCGCUACAAGAUUUUGUAGGCCACCUGGGCUACAGGAUUUUGUAGGCACCCUGGGAUACAAGAUUUUGUAGGCCACCUGGACUACAAGAUGUUGUAGGUUCCCUGAGCUACAAGAUUUUGUAGGUCCCCUGAGCUACAGGAUUUUGUAGGCCACCUGGGCUACAAGAUUUUGUAGGCCACCUGGGCUACAUGAUUUUGUAGGUUCCCUGAGCUACAAGAUUUUGUAGGUCCCCUGAGCUACAGAUUUUGUAGGUCUCCUGAGCUACAAGAUUGUCUAGGCCCUCUGGGCUACAGGGUACUGUGAGGCACCACCCCCCCACCCCCCAGUAAUAUUUUCAAAAGGAAAACAACGUUAAAGAAAAAUGAAAUGUAUUUCGAAAAAAGCUAACAAAUACAUAUCAGCAUUCACAAGUGAAAUUACUGUUAACCGAAUCUCUGGGGGCCCUUCCAGCUGGCGGAGGCCCCCUGGGCUGCAGCCCCUAGAGCCCCCCGGGCAUUCAACCGGCCCUGGUCUCACCUCCCCAAUCCCGGCGCGCGCGUCCUCCGUGCGCACGCCCCGCGGGUUUGUGAGCAAACUCGCGCGGUGGAAACGACUUCGGUUCUAGCGCGGAGCAACAUUUGCGAUUAAUUACGGAGGCGUUGCACCGGCGGGGAUUGUGCAACGGCGUUCUGGCUGCGUACUUGGCAAACGCCGGCGACAGACACGGCAUUUUUCUUUUGUAUUUCCCGUAAAGCCCUUCAAUCCGCUUCGAAUACCACAUUUAUGUUUUGGUUUCCUUUGGGGUAUCGCGUGGGCGUUACAUUUAGUUAACCAAAUUUACCCUCCUCGAAGCGUGCGUGUUGCACACUUCGAGGAGGGGGGGGAGGCUGAAUUGUCGGGCUCUACAAGAGCAAGGGCUCCUUCGGCUCCGCGGGGACAGCUGCUAUCUCGGGGGAGCCGGCCACGCGUGCGCGGUCGAGGCGGUGACCGCUAACUGCGUAGAGAGCGGGCACUCCUUAGUGGGUGGAUGGUGGUGGUUCGAUCGGCGCCCGCAGUGGCCGUCAGAAGAAACACGUGGGACGGAGGGCGAGCCACAACGAGGACAACAGAGCCCCCGACAAUAGCAACCAGCUGCCCGUUUUGACAACCCAGAAUUCGCUUGUCCGCCACUCGAAAGUUUUCUUCUCGUGUCUGCGGUCGAGGGACGCUCGGUUGAUGCGGCCUCCACGGUCGUGGAAAACCGCACGAGCUCACCUAUCCCUGCAGGAAGCAGAAAAGCUGCAAGACAACAGGGGUCUAGCGCAUGACCGAUAAAUCAAGACACGGCGUGCAGCAGAAGUUAUUAUUCGGGGCCCCCCUCCCCCCCCACAACGAGCCGUUAUUAUGCGUGGUCGUUCGGAAGACUCCGACUCCCAAAGGAGACGUUAACGUCACGUCACUGGAAGUGGUUUUGAUAUUGCAGCGAGCGGCACCCGCUGCGCGAGAGUUACUCCACAUCGCACUCCACAUCGCACCGCCAUCGCCAGCAUCCAUUACGGGGAAACGAGUGGAGGAAUAAAGCAGCUCUUGCAAAAAAUUUUUAUACGCCACUACAUUUUCCACGUUUCUAAUUUAGUCAUCUUGGUUGAAUGCUGCCAAAUGUAAACUCGCGUUUUGCAAUUGCCUCCAGCAAGUAUUUACUUACAACAAAAAUAAUUUUCUUUUUUGUAACAAACGUCGCUGCCGAGCAUUGAUAAAGCAAAUACCUAGCAACGGAGGCGGCGACACAGAUUUCGAGCUCCGUAACCGCUAACAAAAAUUCAGAGGAGAGAAAAAAAAUAAUCCGGAAAAAUUGGCCUCAUGCAUCUGGCGCUUGGUGAGCAAGGCAGGAACGAACAGGACUGCCAAUUAUUAUUUUUUUGCUAAAUAGCGCCAAAACUUUGGACAGAAGAGCUCAAAAGUGCCCCCAUUUUCCAGGUUUGAGCCCCAAAAAAAACCCACACGUCUCUUUUUUUAAAAGCAGUUUUUAUUUUCUCAAACACAUUUCAGAAUAGCUUAAGAAAAAUACAACACCGUCCAAUUGCACACAAAAUCGCCCAAAUCUGGCAGUCCUGGGAACGACAUCAUGCCGGCCGGCGUGGGCUUAGAGCAGAGGCUCGCUAGGCCAACCAGGCCCGCCAGACCCCGCCCGGCCUCACCAGGGGCCCCCCUGCACUGCAUGCGCAUUCUGAGCAAAGGACCCGAGUACCUACGGCUGCACUUCGAGGGGUCACAGCGCGGCAGGGUGAGCGUGCGCGAGCGUCUGGAGGCCGACCGUGCCAAGUACGUGAAGCCGCGCUGCGACGGGGAGCUGAGCCCGCCCCAGGGCGACGGCGGUGGCGGCGGAGGCGCCUGUGAUGGACACCGAGAGGUUGACGACGACGACGACGACGAUGAAGACGAGGUGGACGCGGCGAACGGCACCGCAAACGGAGGGGGCCAGAACCUGAACCUCGAGGUGCUCAACAAUGCCAUCAAUGACCUGCAGAGAUCGCCGUGUGCCGACAGAGGCGAGGGUGGCCACUGUGAAGGGGGCGGCCGGGUUGGGCCGGAGCCCUCUGCCCCGCCGUGCCGGCGGGAGGCUUCGGAAAAACCCCAAGGGGUCGACUCCAACGGGAACGAUGGCUCCGUCUUCAAGGCCGGCCACGUCAAGUUCCUGCGAAGGUUCUUCCAAGGCAUGGGUGGCGCCAAGGAGCAAUCCCUGGGACUUCUCCUGCCGUCCGGCGGCCAGCCGAUGAAAAGCUCGCCCGAGCACAGGCCCAGAGGCAAAGCGGAGAACGAGGAACCUAAAGUGGCCUUGCCAGAAUUCCAGCAGCAGCAGCAGCAGCAUCUUUGUCCCCAAAAUCAAAGCAGCCAUCACCGACACCAUCAUCACCACCAGCGGGGUCUCGCGGGGGAGCCCGGCGUGCCGGCGAGCGCCAACGGCACCGACGUUCCCCGUGAGCCGAAGACGCGCUCGGCCGAGACGACAGACGUGGUCGGAUCGCGGCGGAGGCCCGCGCGGCCCAUGUCGCUGCCCGAGUCGGCGUUCGUGCACCGCUCGGGACCGGCGCUCGCCUGCAGCUCGUCCCCCCCUCCUCCGCCCGCGCUCCUCUCCGCGUCGUGUACGGCGGCGGCGGCGGCGGCGGCGACGUCGUCGUCCUGGCUGGAAGCGCCGGCGGUGGCCGGGCGCGGAGCCGACACGGCCGCCGCCUUCUUCGACGGCUGCGGAGUGGAACCCCCCCCGACCGCGUGCCCGGAGCGCGCUCGCUCCGGGCACUUUGAAGCAACGGCGGCGGACCUGACGGCGACGGAGAGCGAGGCGGGGCGCGGGGAGCGCCACGAGGAGCGCCACGAGGAGCGCGCUUGCAGCAGCGUGCGGUGGGACGACCCCGACUUCGACGGGCUGUCGGCGCGGCGUAGCAGCGCGGGACCCGGGGAGGGGCCCGACGCCGAUCCAGACCUUGCCGACCACUCGCCCUCCAUGGUGUCGGUCAUCGAGCGCAACGCGCGAAUCAUCAAGUGGCUCUACAGCUGCCGGCAAGCGUUGGCGGGCCAGGAGAGGGAGGCCCGGAAUUGAUCGCGGGAAUGUACGAGGCUGCAUUUUUGAGUCGUGUUCUAUUCUCGACCGUCUGGUUUAGAUUUCGGACCGUGGAACGGUCGGUGAGAAUUCGCAGCCCGUUUAUCAAUCCACUGCUGGAUGAACUACACCCGACUCUUCUUGUGGUCGUGGGAGUUGUCCAACUUUCUUGACCAAGGUCAAUGCGAGAUUUGAUUUUCGAAUGGCGGGGAACCGGUUUAGAGAUGACAUCACAGAUGUUAGCAGCGGUGGGGAAUCGAACUCAGGUGGACGGACUUGUAGCGCAGGGCGCUUGCCACUGUACCCCAGGCAUACAUCGUAGACAAUUUAUUAACUUAAUUAACAAAGGCUGUACUUGAAGGACUUUUUAAAGUGUUUUUUUUACUUUUCAUUCGUAUUCUGUUUUUGUUUUUUAUUAAUACGUUGUUUUGUUGGCUGGUUCUCUCUGGUUUAGAGUAACUUGGCCUAAAAGUCCCUGCCCCCUCGUCACCACCGUACAGUGACUGCGGUUCAGUGGUUGCUGGUGGAUGGGCGUUUACAAUCAAGUUAACUUAAACCAGAUUAAAGCUUAAAAACAAGCAUUUUUUUAACGCUUAAUCCGUACUGCCAAACCUUUUGUAAAUUCCAAGCAUUUAUUCGACGUCGGUAAUCGUGCAACCAACUGCAGCAGCCAAGUGAACGAAAAUCGUAAAAUCCUGCGUCAAGAGAAACGAGCUGACUCGACCCAGCGUCGACGGUUGUCCCAUCGAGCGCGGGAAGCCACGCAGAUGUGACGAGAGAAUGGGCCGUGGUCGUUCCGCAGGAGUUUGGAUCGAAAGGAGGGAGGGAUAGAACCACGAUUGUCCCUUGGAAAGACCAUGAUUAAACCGUGCCGGGGUUGACCUUGAAUCAUCCCAGUGAAGGUAAUCGCAGCAGAUCAACAAGCAACGCAAAGCGAAGCACGCGGAGCGAACGCAAAUGUAACUCGCCCGAUCGCAGUUGUUUUUCACGACGCACAACGCACGCACUUAACAGCGGGGAUUUGUUCCAACAAAGUAACGAACCAGAUAAUCGGGGUGGAGGAAAUUGAAGUGGGCUUUACAUGUUUGUGGCUUCAGCAAAAGCUUGACUCUGCCUGCUCGGCAGGCAAUCCUAUCUCAUCAGCGGUCAAUCAUUAUUUUCUGCUAAACCCCUCGUUUCCAGCAACUCCCUCCUUUCCCUCUCCCUUUGCUUCCCCUCGCUCUCCGUAACAGAAACUCGCCGUGCACCCACGCCCGUAGCUCCCCAGAGUUGAACGACCAAUUCGCGAGCCUCGCUUUUACAGCGCGGCGCAAAUGGGCCGCCGUGCUUUAAAACUAAAUAAUAAUAUUUAGUUUUAUAGCGGUUUUUUUUCCUCUCCCCCUUUUAAAAAAAAAACCCCGUAAGAUUACACCCGUGCAAGGGUGCGCAUUCCGCUAACUUCUGCCAAGGGCGGCUUGCGCUCCGCGCAACCGAAAGACCGCCGUUGUCCCGGGAAAUAAUGCCGCUCUUCGGAAGACAACGCGGCCGUCAAUCGGGCAGCCCUAACCCUGACCCCCGAAUCCAGAACGACAGAAUAUUUAUGACCAGGCGAGAGCUCAUUGUGGCUUAACGUCGACCUUUACAAGGGGGACCCGGCUUACAAAGUACAUAAAAAACAACAAACUCGAUUGCUUCUGAAGCCUGACAGUAGAUGUAAUCAUCAUGUUCCAUCAGAAGCCCUGGUCAACGCACCACUGGAUUAAGGCCUCCCCGGACUGACGCCGAUCCUUCAAGAUCCCGUGAUGUAAUAGGAGCCCCCGUCAGCCGCACGUCAAACGAUUUGUGUGCAGAUAGUUUAAAACAUGAGCGCGACCGUGACCUGUGAUAGCUAAACCGACUCCGGUUGCAGCGGUGUUCUUUUGACGGUGGCUUUUCUCUUGUGCUCCAGUGCAGAACCCAGCACGCCAGUUCAGUUCAGACGCACACGUCCGAUCGGCUAAUGAACGUAAAUACCAACUGCACAGCAUCACCGCGGGUGAGAUUAAGGCGGCCCCCUUAUUAUUAUUAUUAAGAGACGGGGUUCAACACUUUGACGGCGCGGGCGACACACCCGAACGGGCGACAUGAAAGAGGUCUUGAAGCCGCGGCAACAUGACACCCACUUUUCUGGAUUGGAAAGUCACAAGGGGAGGACUCGAUCCAGCCGCCGUGGCAUUUGAGGCUCUGGAAUUUUAUUUCGUCUUGCCUGUCGGUGCUGGGUUCUCGGGCCAGUCAAUGACACGCACAAGCCUGAUUACCUUACGCGAGAGAGAGGUUCUACGUGUGUGUGUCUGUGUGUGUGUUAGUGUGUGUGUUAGUGUGUGUGUGUUAGUGUGUGUCAGUGUGUGUCAGUGUGUGUGGGGAGCGGUAGUGUAACGGUUAGCGCGCUGCGCUACGAA